AUGGGAAAAUGGGAAUGGGAACAAAAUUUUUUUUUAGGGAAUGGGAAUCAGAAAAAGUUGUUCCCGCAGGACACUAGUUUAUAGUCACAAUCUACCUGGUCAUAAAUCCUUAUUUUUUAAAUCUUGGCAAGAUUUCCUAAACGUUGCAAAUGUAUACACUUUUGUUGGGUAUCUAUAUGGAAAAAAACCUUAGGUGAAGAAUUCUUAGCAUGUGACGGCAAGGCCUUAUCUAAGCGUUUAUUCUAUCCAAAUAUCCCAUAAGGAUUUCGGAACGUAGAUAAAACUUCAAGGGUAUAUAUAUAUAUAUAUAUAUCUGCACCGUAUAACAAACCCUUACCCAGGCUUGUGAAAAAACAAAUGAUUUAUGAAGAGACAGCUUAUGAUCAUAAACUUGAAAAAGCAUCUGUAAUAGUAGUAAACGAAGACAUAUUUUUUAUUACUCUCCACUCUAUUUUUUUAAAGUGCUAUAAGAGAAGGAGAGAAGCGUAUAAAUGUCGCAGACUUUUGCUCUUUGCACUCAUUUUGAAAACUAUUGUGUAGAAGAAAAAAGCUCUAACUAAAACUUUGAAACAAGAAAAACGAUGGCCGAGGAAAACGACAAUUAAAUGUCGACAAUGUCAAUCAGAAACAUUACGAAGCGAUAUACAGCUCGAUCGAGGCUUCAAAAAUGAUAUGAAAUCUCUAGUCAUUGAUUGUUCUUUUUGCCAAUGGACUGGUAUCUUAAAUAACUAUGAAGAACAUUUCGAUCAGUCUCAUUCAAAUGUCAAAUGUGAAUAUUGUAGCGAACAGUUCAAUUCAGUUAACAAAUUCAAUGAACAUAAAGUCUUCGAAUGUCAACAACUUAGUGUUGACUGUAUAUUGAAAGAUUUUGGUUGUAAUGAACGAAUUAUUCGUGUUAAAAUGAAAGAUCAUUAUUUAACUGAACAACAUCAACAUGCUCUACUCAAAGUUGUUCGUCACAUGUUACCGCAAUUGAACGACAGACAAACGGAUAUUGACCUUCCUCGAAUAACAACAGCAGGAGCUUUUGAUCCUGCUACAGCUCAAUUAGAAGAACUUUAUGAAAUGCUCAAUAUCUUGGUAAGUGGUAUCGAGACAUUGAACAAAGAUGAACAACGUCUAGCCAAUGAGUCACUUCAAAUGCAAAUGAUACUUCCAACAUUGACAGAAGAAUUAUCGAAAGUUAAAUUAUCUAUUGAAGAGUCAAACGCUUUUUUCGAGGGAGUCAAAUGUAAUCAAGACAUUCUCAAUCAAGAUUUAGUAUCAUUACAAGAAAAAAUUAAUGAUUUGCAGUAUGUUUCAUAUGAUGGAUCAUUAGUUUGGAAAAUAACAAACUUUCGAGAGAAAAUGAUUGAUGCACAGUCUGAAAGACAAACAUCAAUUUAUUCACCUCCAUUUUAUUCAUCUCCAAAUGGUUAUAAAAUGAGAGCUCGUCUUUAUUUAAAUGGUGAUGGAAAUGCUCGUCGAACACAUAUUUCACUCUUUUUUGUGCUUAUGCGAAGUUUAAAUGAUCCAAUUCUCAAAUUUCCAUUCAAAUAUAAAGUCACAUUUUGUUUGUACGAUCAAACGUCUGCACAACGACAUAUUAUUGAUUCAUUUCGACCAGACAUUAAAUCAAGUAGUUUUCAGCGACCUCGUUUGGAAAUGAAUAUAGCUAGUGGUAUACCGAAAUUUUUUCCAUUGGAAGCGAUUCAACAGGAGGGGAAUCCAUAUGUACGAGAUGACACAAUGUUUAUCAAAACUAUGGUUGAUUUUGGAGACAUACCCAAAACAUUAUUACCCUAUGCUUUGAGUCUGAAUCCGGGUCUACCAACGCAUAUUCAACAAGCAAUGAUCAAGCAAGAAACUGAACGAAGAGCAUAA